CCGCCCCCCGCUCCCGAUGCCCGGUCCAGAGCGGCUCCGAGCGCGCGCCCUGCGGCCGCGACGAUGAAGAUCUGGAGCUCGGAGCACGUGUUCGGACUCAGGAGAGGAACCCGUGGCCAAGCUGUGAUUUGGAGCCUGCCUCGAUUGCCCCGGGGGCGCUGGUGUAAAUGUCAAUGCCCUGGGAAGGCCAGUAGCCUCAGGCUAGGAACUGCUGAGCCCUUUAUCUUGUCUGUGUCUGCCUACAUCUUCAAGCCAAAAAUCUCUUUAUUAUGUACCUUUUAGAAAUAUGGGGCCAGUGCCGUGGUACAGUGGGUUAAAGCCCCAGGCAGGCUGCUCCUCUUCUGAUCCAGCUCUCUGGUAUGGCCUGGGAAAGUAGUGGAAGAUGGCAGAAGUUCUUGAGCCCCUGCAUCCGCGUGGGAGACUAGGAAGAAGCUCCUGGCUCCUGGCUUCAGAUGCGCCCAGCUCUGGAAUGGAAGAGGCUCUGCCUCUCUUUGUAACUCUUUCAAAUAAAUAAAAUAAAUCUUUAAACAAAAUUUAGUAAUAUGCAAGAGCGGUCGGACUAGGAUUUUGUUUUUAAAGACAUUAUUUGUGUGAGAGUAGAGUUACAGAGAGAGGGAGAGACACAGAGAAAGAUCUGCCAUCCACUGGUUCACUCCCCAAAAGGCCGCAAUGGCUGAAGCUGGGCUAAUCCAAAGCCAGGAGCCAGGAGCUUCUUCCGGGUCUUCCAUGUGGGUGCAGGGGCCCAAGGACUUGGGCCAUCUUCUACUGCUUUCUAAGACCAUAGCAGAGAACUGGAUCAGAAGAGGAGCAGCCGGAACUCGAAAUGGUACCCAUGUGGGAUGCUGGCGCCGCAGGUGGAGGCUUAGCCCACUCCACCACAGCACCGGCCCCUGGACUAGGAUAUUGAGUGGCUGCUGCCAUGGCCCAGGUUAUCCUCCAGCAGCCUGUCUGGGCUCAGCCGUGGCCGUACCCACUUCCCUUCCCCUAAUGCUAGACAUAGACUCCUCCUGUGCCAUCUUCCUGACAGCUGCAGGUGCGUAAGGAAGCCUGCAGGGGCGGGAGCAGACAUCCACGCUGGGUGGCGGUACAGGCUUCUCUUCUGCCUGCUGGGGACAAGUUCAGACUCCGGUGGUCCUGGCGCAAUGCGAGGGACUGAUCCUGGGUAGACCUUUCUCUGCCCCUUCUUUGAAUUCCUGAAUCUGUCUGAAGUACUCACAGGUGUGGGGGUGUGUCCAUUCUCAUCCUUCUAGGUAAACAGAAGUGCUGGUGACCAUUUAGUGUCCACCCACGGGGCACGCCUUCCUGUUUCCCACACCUUUUCCACCGCCUGAUGCAGCCAGGCUUGUUGGGAUUUGCCACUUGAGUGGGUGUCAGGCUGUUUUCUGCAACCAUGGUGUGUGCCACAGCCUUAGGCUCUUGCGUGUAAAAGAUGGCACAGUGCUGUGUGCCCUUUCCCUCCAUUCGUCUUCGAUGUCAGUGUGAAUGUGUGUGGUCAUCCUGCACUUGUCAGUGGAAUUACAAUGUGCAUAUUGUAAGCACUUUGUAUUGAGCUUCAGUCAUCAGCUGGAAAGAUCCAAGACUUUUUUUUAUGUGUGUGUGUGUGUGUGUGUGCAUAUAUAAAAGAAACAGAUAGGGGCUGGCAUUGUGGUGCAGCAGGUUAAGCUGUCUCUCAUGACGCCAGCAUCCCAUAUCAGUGCUGGGUUGAGUUCUGGCUGUUUUGCUUCUGAUCCAGCUUCCUGCUAGUGUGCCUGGGAAGGCAGCGGAUGAUGGCUCAAGUGCUUGGGCCCCUGCCACCCAUGUGGGAAGCCAGGAUGGAGUUCCUGGCUCCUGGCUUCAAACUGGCCUAGUCCUGGGUGUUGCAGCUAGUUGGGAAGUAAACUAGCAGGUGGAAGCUCUCUCUUUGUCUCUCCCCUUCUCUCUGAUGCUCAGUCUUCCAAAUAAAUAUUUAAAAAAUCCAGAUAAGCCCAGUGCAGAUACUGCUCAACACUUACACAGUUUUAAGCUUAAUUUUAGAAGGCAUAGCCUAUUGUGCCUUAAGUACUGGUUUUUGUGGGAAGAAGCCCAGGGAACUUAACCUGGAAGUCCCCCAGCAGGAUCCUUUCUGCUGUUCGUGUAUCUCUAGAUUCCCCUCCCUUCCUUCCUUAGAUCUGGGAUCGACUAUGCCCUCUGGGUGUUCCUCCCUUAGCUCAGAGAAGACAAGACUGGACUCUUCUCUGUGCUACAUGGUGAUCAGGACCGGCCACAUCCCUGUGGGUUCACCCCUUGUUGUUAAAGCAGCAGACACAGUGACUCAGCAGCCUGAUUCCACAGUGUGGAAAACUGAGCCUAAGCUUUUCUGGUUGAGGAGAGGGAAGUUUAGACCCUCACAAUGUAGAGGCUGCCAGAUGUCUUAGAAUAAGUGAGGAGACCCGCUUACCACUGGCCACUGCUGCUGCCAACUUCUUCACCUAGGACAAGAGUUUUAUGAUGAUAAGCCACCCAUGGGACACCGUGAUCAAGGCUGCCAUGCGGAAGUACCCGAACCCGAUGAACCCGUGCGUGGUGGGCGUGGACGUGCUGGAGCGCGGUGUGGACGGCCGGGGGCGGCUGCACAGCCUGCGCCUGCUCAGCACCGAGUGGGGACUGCCCAGCCUCGUGCGAGCGGUGAGCCUGCAGGAGCCCGGCGGUGUCCAGGCCGGUCGCUCUCCGAGAUUUUGGGAACCAGUAGGACUUUGACAUACAUCAAAGAGCAUUCUGUUGUGGAUCCAGCGGAAAAGAAAAUGGAACUUUGUUCCACCAAUAUCACACUCACAAAUUUGGUGUCAGUUAAUGAGAGGUUGGUGUAUACACCCCACCCAGAGAACCCUGACAUGACCGUGCUCACACAAGAAGCCAUUAUCACCGUGAAGGGCAUUAGCCUUGGCAGCUACCUGGAAAGUUUAAUGGCCAACACGAUAUCGUCCAAUGCAAAGAAGGGUCGGGAGGCCUUGGAGUGGGUGAUCGGCCGCCUCAACGCGGACCUGGACGACGUGGAGGACCUGUCGGUGCAGAGCGCCUGAGACUGCAGCCACCCAGCAGGGUUCGAGCGGAGCUGGCCCGGCACGGCGUGCCCUGCGCCUGUAUUGUGAGGGUGCUUGCGGCCGCAGGCUGGGUCUGCCUGAAGACCCACGGGGGCAGGAGGAAGGCGGUGAUGCACUACCUCCUCCUGGCUCUCACCAAUUUAGCUUCCGUGGUGGGAAGAUUUCAUUUCUUUGUUAUUUUUUAACUGAGUAGGAAGUUAUUUUAAUUUGCCCUGAGUCUGGAAUACCCAAAUGAAGGCAAGGGGGCACUCCUCGGGAGCCCUGCCCCGGGGGCGAGGCUGCCUCACCUCCCUGGCUGUUUUUGAAGGGAGGCUGUUGGAGAUUUAUCCCCUGGGGUCCUGGGCCGGGCUUGCCCCAACCCCCACCAGCAGAGCCCACCUCCCCCCAGCACACCUGCCAUUGCGGGCCUAUAGGGCACCUUGGGUCCUUGCUGGGGCCAGGGGCCUCGAGCUGCAGGUGUGCCCCAUUUUUUCUUGUUUUCCAAUUUCAUUAUCUUCCAUGGAUCCCACAGCUUGGGUUUAAUUCAGGAGCUAGAUUUUUUUUUUAUUGUACAUGCACAACAAAUAAUGCAAAAUAUCCCCAUUUCCUUUUUGUUUUGGAACACAAAAUGGGAUAUAAUCUCUCCUUACUUGUGUCUUCACUGAAGGAGGCGUGGGGGAGUGCGUGGAUGCUGUGCUGUCCACCGAGGUGCCUUGAGCAUCCGCCGAUUUGCUGUCUUCAGCAUGUGGGGCCGCCUGGAACCGGUCCCACGUGGAUGCUGAGAGACGCCCAGGAGAGCAGCUGAGAACAAGCUCAGAACUCAGCCUGGCCUUCAUUUCGGUCCCUUGAGUUUGGCAGAAGCGGGAGCUGAGCACACCGGCUACUGUGUCAACCCCUCCCACAAGCCGGAAACUGCCGGAUGACGUUCAAGAGGAACCUGGCCUGCUUUAUAAAAAGUUUUAUUUAAUUGAGAAGCAGAGAGACAGUUCCCAUCUGCUGGUUCCCUCCCCAGAGACCCGCAGCAGUGGGGGCUGGGUCACCGCUGCUGUCUCCAGAGGUCAGAAUCGUGAGGAAGCUGGACCAAGAGCUGGAACUGGGACUCACAGCCAGGCACUCUGGUGGAGGACCUGAAUGUCCUGGCUGGCACCUUAACCACAAGGCCACCGGCCACCCUGAGUUCUCUCUUAUAUAGGCUGGGUUUUGGGAGCCUGUCGGACCUUCCUGGAGUCUGUGCCCUGGGGCUUUGACCUUGGUGGGGUGGCCUCUGUGGGGGCAGUGCCAGGAGCGCUUUGAGAUCAGCCUGCCUUUCCUGGAGGAAGAGGGGUGGAACUGCCCACCCCCUCUUGCCAUUUGGCAUUAGAAGCAAACAUUAGAGCAGCUUUGGAUUUGAGCCAGUGGCUCUUUGACUUCUAAGGAAUGGAGAUCCUUGCCUGUGGCCUUUCUACCCCCACUUUUGGGAAGGGGCGGUGUCUCUGCUGUGAGCCCCGCCCCCGGAGUCAUCCUGUGCAAAUCUCUGUUAUGGCUAAGCCUUGGCGCACGCCCACUGUGGUAAGAGGAGGUUUUCGCAGGCCCUGGCUUAACUUCAGUCUCCAAAGGGAGGCGGCUAAGGAAUCAUUGCUGGCGGCGAGGUGGUUGUCUGGGGUGCAUGAGCAAGCCUGGGCAGGUCCCGUGACUGUCACGCUUUGGGUUCCACAUCUGUGAAAUGCGGAUGCUAACCCUGCCCGGGGCUGAGCAAACCACACAGCAGGUACAGCACCCUGGUGCUGGCAGCGUGGGCACCCAGCUCCUGGUGCGGUGAUUACUGGUGGAGGCCAGCUGCUCAGGCUGCCUGGUGGCUGGGGGGAGAUCACCAGGUGAUUGUUAAGCGAGGGUAUUUUUAAAAGCUUUAGUCCUAGGAAGAGUUAACUGCAGUAAAACUGUAUCCCGUGACUGGUGAGCAGUCGGUCCUGGUGUGGUCCGGCCUGCUGGGGCUCUGUGACCCGGGGCGGGGCCGGACGCCCACAGCCUGCACCUGUUUCUGUUCAGCCCAUGCCAAGGUGGUCUGUGUGUUUUUACUGGGUUGUAAAUGCCCCCCUUUGGAAGGACAUAUGACUGAGAGUGAUGGGGUCCCACAGCCUGCUGUAUUUACAAUAGGUCCUUUCCAGAAAGCUUGUCGACCCCUUGCUUGGGGAUCCCUCUUCAUUUCUGGGUGCACUUAAACCCAGCAGGACCCGUUCCCCCACAUCCGACUGCUCUCCUUUCCCCAUUUCUAGUUAAUGCUGCCUCUGUUCCCCACAUCACGGCGAAACUGCACUCCUGCUUCCUCUGUUUGGUAACACAACAUUCCCUUCAGGUCCCAAGCCAGCUCUAGCUCUGACUGCCCUGCUCUGCUCUGGGGCUUAUGGCCUGGGGUAGCCACUUUCACGAUGGCCCUGGGGAGCUGUGCCUGUGACCUUGCUGUGGGCUGUGUCCUGCCUGCUGAGGGCUGGCCCGUGAUCGUGGAAUCUGAGCGUGCUGGAGAUGGUGGCGUGUGACUCCAGUGGCCGGGUCAGAAGGGACACUGCGGGUUAGGCGGGGCUGGUUCUCGCUCUCCUCACUGUCUCACAAGGACGCUCAGGAAGCCUCCAGGGAGGCCCUUGCGGCCAGCAGCCACAUGAUGGCGCCACCUCGGGGGCACCACAGAACCUUGUGAGAUAAUAAACGUUUCUUAUUUCAAGCCACA